UUUGACUAAUUUGUAAGUACGAGAAAUUUCAUUCAGUGUAUCCCUGUAUUUUCUACUGCGUGUUUUGAAUUAGUUAAUUAAUCAGAUGUGCUGAAAACAGCAGUGUGUAUUAGUGGAUUGCAGUUCGGAUAAUAAGUUUCUCCGAAUUGAUUAUUGAAGAUGGCAACCAAGGUUACAGCCAGUCAGGAGUUGGAUGUUUUCAAGGAUGAAAAGGAGGGACUGCUUCGGGAAGUAAGCAGUCAGGCUGUAUGGUCACUGUCUUCUUGUAAACCAGGAUAUGGUGUAGAGCAGUUGCGAGAAGACUCCAGUGAGACAUACUGGCAGUCAGACGGUCCCCAGCCCCACCUUGUGAACAUUCAGUUCCAGCGAAAAACCACCAUCCAGGAUGUUUGUAUCUAUACAGACUUCAAGGCAGAUGAAAGUUACACACCUAAUCGGAUAUCCAUACGGGCAGGGAGUCAUUUCAAUGAUCUAGCAGAAAUUGAACAGAUAGAACUGGGUGAACCAAUAGGCUGGGUGUGUGUGCCAUUAAAAGACCUUGUCAGUGGGAAACCUAUCCGGACAUUCAUGAUACAGAUCGCUGUGCUAUCAAACCACCAGAAUGGUAGAGACACUCAUAUAAGACGAAUCAAAAUCAGGUCGCCGGUGCAGAAAUACCCAAUGUUCACUAGCUUAGACUUUAACAUGAAGGCUAAUAUAAGAUAGUGAAUCGCUAGUGACUAUCGUGAUUAUUGAACUCAGUUGGUUGAAAAGAGCCAUGUCAACAUCACUGAGAUAAAAUAUCAUUGUAUUGUGCACUAUGACAAAAGUGUCUAAAUUUAGCAAUGAUGCAGGUAUUCUGAAGGUUUAGAACCAAAUUGUCACUUGGGUUGAAGAUGUUCACGGUGCAUAUAGUGAUACUAUGUUGCCAGCCAAUUGUGUUCAAAGAUAAAGAGUUAAGAUGAAGAAGCCAGUCAGUGGUUUUGAUUUCACGUUUAUUUACAAAACUAUAUACAUAACGACAUAAGCUAAAAUUGGGAAUGUGUCUAACACAUACAUGUACAUCAAUAACAAUUUUACAUGUAACUAAUUGAAAAUAAUGAUUUGUUAACAUUGAUGAAAUUUGUACACAUAUUUUCAUUGAAUCCUGACGUAAAUGUGUAACUAGUUUAAUGUCCAUUUAGAAUUAUUUUAAUGUAUUUAUUUGGUACUUUGAAUUUAAAAAACAAGUAGAUUUGUACACAACACUAUAAUAUAGGUAUUGAAUUCAUGCAAAUAGAAAUAAUUUAAAUUCAUGCAAAUUGAAUUAAUUUAAUCUAUUUAUGUACAUGCAUGUGUGAAGUGUUAUCAUAAAGGCAUACGAAAAAUGCUUCAAACAUAAUGCUUAAUACACAUUUAACAUUGAUUUAACAUGUACAUUGUCAGUGAUCAUAGAUAAUGAUUGAAUGAGAUACA